UUUUGAAUUAGUUAUUGAAGCAGUAGCAUAACCUGUGUGUUUAGCCAAUGCUCAAGCAAGCUUUCAACAAUAGAAGAAGACGGAUCAGAGAUAGUGCCAAAAAGUCUGAAAAUAGCUUCUGAUUCAACCUUAAUACUUACAAGAAUAUUCUAAAAUAAGUUACCUGCGAGGAAAUCAAUUCGAGUUAGAAGAAUAAUCACUCCAAAGUACUCUCCAAAACAAUAUGAACGCAAAUAAAAAACCGUGAAACACAGUUAGGAAUUUAGGAAGAUCUGUUACUAGGCCUAAUCUGGUAUCUUUCAAAGACCCUUCUUUCUUAGACAUUAUCAAGAAGAAAGCAAACAAAAUUCAAGGAUUAAGUAACAAAUUCCAACAAAGAAUAAUGGUUCGAAAUUCUCUCAAACCUCAAGACCAAAAAUUACAAGAAUCUAAAAGAGGCUUCUUGAGCAAAUCUCUCAAUGUCUCUCGAUCAGAUCUCAAAAUAAAGCAACUCCAUAUUGAAAAAUAAAAUUGUGAAGAAGCCAGCACUCAAAAACACAUUUGUCAAAGUUGGAACCGGAGAAAUAUCUCAAUUAAUAUUCAACAAUUCAGACCAUGAUAGAACAUGAGAAACAGGAGGCUAUGAGGUAGACAAUAAAGGCAUUUUCAUUCUGAAGAAUCUGAAAUAUGUUAAAAAGUCAAAAAUCCGACUGAGUAGAAGAAUCAGCAGAGAGAAGGAAACAACUUAUCGAACAAUAACUAUAAACAAUGUGCGAUAUAAUCAGUAG